CGGAAGUAACGGUGCAAUCGGAAGUGGUACUGCCCUGAGGAUCCCGAAGAGCAAAGAAGGAGAUCGGAGAGCGAGAGAGAGACAGAGCGCGACUCCCUAACGGCCAUUAAAAGAACCUUAGGAAUCAUCGUCUUGUUAUCCGUUGAAAAUGGACAAGAGUGAUCUAGUACAGAAAGCCAAGCUUUCUGAGCAGGCUGAGCGCUAUGAUGACAUGGCUGCUGCGAUGAAAGCUGUGACCGAACAGGGCCACGAACUGUCUAAUGAGGAGAGAAACUUGCUCUCAGUUGCCUACAAGAACGUGGUGGGUGCUCGGCGUUCUUCCUGGAGAGUCAUCUCUAGCAUCGAGCAAAAAACUGACGGCAAUGAGAAAAAGCAGAAGAUGUCUCGUGAGUACCGUGAGAAAAUAGAAUCAGAAUUGCAGGAUAUUUGCAAAGAUGUUCUGAAUCUUCUUGACAAGUACCUCAUUCCAAAUGCCACGCAGGCAGAAAGCAAGGUUUUUUACUUGAAAAUGAAAGGAGACUACUACAGAUACCUGUCUGAGGUGGCAAAUGGAGAUAAUAAGAAACAAACAGUUGAUAGUUCUCAGGAUGCUUACCAGCAGGCCUUUGAAAUCAGCAAGACAGAGAUGCAGCCAACGCACCCAAUCAGGCUCGGACUUGCUCUUAAUUUCUCCGUGUUCUACUAUGAGAUUAUCAACUCUCCUGAGAAGGCUUGCAACUUGGCAAAGACGGCUUUUGAUGAAGCAAUUGCUGAACUUGAUACUUUGAAUGAGGACUCUUACAAAGACAGCACUCUGAUAAUGCAGCUUCUAAGGGAUAACCUCACUUUGUGGACAUCAGAAAACCAGCCGGAAGGGGAAGAAGCUGGUGAAGGGGAGAACUAAAAGACGCUGCAUUUUACUGUGUUUAUUUUUAUUUUAUUUUUAUUUUUUUUGUCCCUCCCCUUUCCCCACUCACUCUCUUUAUCUUACACACACAUGCGCCCUACCUGCCACAUGCUCUGUUAAUUACACUCUUUUGGGAACUUUCAUCUAUAUGUCCAGCAGCACAAAGUGUACUUGACCUGUUGUCCUGUCGGUUGAUGGGGUUUAGAAACUGGCACACACUUCCACAUUGUGUGAAAAAGCUACAUUGCCAUACCCCCCUAUUACUAUACCAUUUUUAUGUGGAUGGAUCAUGAUUUAAAACCAUUGUGUAGUCAAUAAUUUGCUAUAGUUUUUUGUUUAGUAUUGUCUUGCAAUGUUUGUUGUUUUAAAGGGUUAAUGUAUUAACACUGGUUGUUUUUCACGAAACACUGUGAGAUUUAAAUGUGGGGUGUUGAUAUUAUCCCCCAAACCCAUCAUCUUCUCACCCUGAGUCCCUGAAACCACCCUCACUCUCGGUAUGUAACCUAUAAAAGACAUCUUAUCCUCUGCAGGGAUAGCAGUCCAGAGUGCAGUUGUGCUGUUGGCUUUUUUUUUUUUCCUUUUGUUUUUGGCUUCAUUGUGACACUGAGAUCUGUGCAUUUUUGUUGUGUAAUCAUGUUCACAAUUUUAACUUGCAAGAUACAAAUCAGUGGACUAAGUAAAGGGCAUUCCUAACCCCCUCCCCCCCUUUAGCACUCCUCUCUAGCCCACAACUGUUUUCCAUAAGGUCCCAAACAUUUCAAAAAAACUGUUGUGGUGUCGAAGACAGACUGCCAUGGAUGUGUUUAAUAUAUGAACACAAUGGCAUUGUGUCCUCUUGCUUUCAAUAUUGUGUACAUUUCAACUUUAAUAUUGACUUAUUUCUUAAAUUGUCCACAGUGGAAUAAGCAGUGUAUUUAUGAGAACGCUAUUGCAAGUAUGCAGAAAAGCCAGUUGUAAUUUUCUCUCAAAUUUAUUGGCAUUGCACAGAAUUGAGGUGUGGCAUUACGUGGAAGGGACCAAGUUGCUAUUCAGGGAGUCGGAUGCCAGAAAGACCAAUAGCGUUUCUUUUCCUAAAUAAAAUAAGGAUUUACCAGUCUGCAUACAAAGUUGUUUUUUUUUGUCCCUUCUCCUUCAUUUCCUAGCAUACAAUAACUUAAUUGAUAGUGUUUUACAUGAAAAUGUCCAGUAGUAGUUUAGAUGCAAUUGGCUCCAUUCUUCUAAAGAUGAGCAAUUCAGUGUCACAAUAAUCUGCCACCUUUCAUAACAUUCCACAUAGCUGUAGGUCUCAUUAGUCUGCUGAAGACAAUGUUUCAUGCACUGAAUAAAAAUCUCCCUUCUAGCUGAACAAAUGGCAGUUUAAUAUUCUACGCUUGAUAAAUGCAGUAGUGAAUGUGGAACUGAGCCUGUCUGUAUAUCUGGUAGCUCUUUUUGCUUUUGUUUUUACUGACCAGUAUUCUGCCUAAAGUUUGCUUCUGUGACGGUUUUAUUGCCUAGCGCGCACGUGGUUGUGAAAAUAGUAUAGCUGAAAAAAAAAUAAAAAUAAAAACAGAAAAACACCUGGUUAUUGACGUAAUACUAGAUUUGUGUAUGUCUUUUAAAGAAGUUCUAGUUUCACCUUACAUGUAAUAAUCAGGAACAUGUAAAAGACAAUUCAAAAUGAAAUAAAAGUUUUAUCAGUUCAGAA